AUGUAUGACUAUAAAGAUCCACUUUCAUUUUCAGCUGCAAUUUUUUUGAUUUUGGUGAGUCUCUAAUUUUUCACAAUGAAAAAAACCUGUUUUUUUGUAUUGUAGAAUGGGAUUUUUGGAAUCUACACAAAUGGAUCAAUUUUCCUGGCUUUUGUUGACAAAAAAACUGAAAAAACAUCUUUCAAACUAAUUUGUUUUCUUCGAGCCUUGGGAAAUAUUUAUGUUAUUGUGAUCAUUUUUUGGAUAACCUUUUUGCCAGUUGUUAUAUUGUGAGUUGAAAAUAAAAAUCAAAAAUCAAUAAAAUUAAUAAUGUUCCAGCGGAGAAAAUGUUUUGAAUUACAAAUUGGAAAAUAUAUUUAUCUCAACUGGUAUCAAUUUAUAUUUAGUCAACAAUUAUUUGAGUUUGAUUGUUGCAUUGAAUCGAUUCAUUGCCUUGUACUUUCCAUUGUAUUUUUCAAAACUUUGCGGUUUCAAAAUGACUUUUUUCAUUUACAUGGUUUAUGUAGCUUUUCGCGUCUCAAAAAUUAUUAACGAGGUUUUCAUCACGAUCAGUAAGUUAUACAUUUUCAAAUUUCACAAAGUAAUACAAUUUCACAUCAGAGCAUAAUUGCACAAUUUCUUUCAAUUCAACUCUCAUGUCUUGGGAAAACAAUGGCGAUAAAAUUUGUAAAGACUUGAUUGGUGACUCUCAGAUAAUGGUUUUUGGGUUGACAUUAUUGGGUGUGAUGUUAUUGAAUACCUUCACAAUUAUCAAAAUUUAUCGUUUCCACAAGUCAAAAAUAACCAAAACUAUUCAAUUGAAGAAGAACAUCAAAUUAUUCAUGCAAACUUGCAUUCAAGAUUCAUUAUUAUUAAUUGAUGCGAUUUUCACGUUUGAACUCUCGUAAGAACCAUUUCAGAAGAUUUUUUCUUAAAUCUGAUAUUUUCCAGUCAAUUAAGUGAUUCCCGUUUAUGGAGUUUCAUAUCAUUCACUCUUGUUUGGAUGUUGAUUCAUUCAUUCGAUGGUUUUAUUAUGAUGAUGUUUGAUGAUCGAAGUCGAGUGAAGAAACGAAAUAGUUUACAAAAUGCGACGAUAUCUGUUAGAGUAUUGAAUACUGUCACAUAA